CAGGGAGAGCCCACUAAAUGGCGCCUGUUCCCCAUCGGAUGCUGCUCUGGGCGCUGAUCCUCCCCAUCCCAGGAGUAUGGUGCUUUAGUGAGCUGUUUUUUGUAAAAGAGCCACAGGAUAUAACCGUCACAAGGAAGGACCCAGUGAUUUUAGAUUGCGAGGCCCAUGGCGAAGUUCCCAUUACGAUCACAUGGCUGAAAAAUGGAGCAAAAGUUUCUGAAAAUGAACGGAUCUACACAUUAUCCAAUGGCUCUUUAUAUAUCAGUGAGGUGGAAGGAAAAAGAGGAGAACCAUCUGAUGAAGGAUUUUACCAGUGUUUAGCACUGAACAAAUAUGGGGCCAUUCUCAGUCAAAAAGGUCACCUUACACUAGCAACCAUUUCUGCAUUUGAAGUCCAACCACUUUCAAUUGAGGUCCAAGAAGGUGGAGUGGCUCGGUUUGCUUGUAAAAUAAUAGCAAACCCUCCUGCCGUAAUCACAUGGGAAGUGAAUCGAACAACCUUACCUCUAGCCUUGGACAGGAUAACUGCUCUACCAACAGGAGUUUUGCAGAUCUAUAGUGUUGAAAAGAGGGAUGCUGGGAAUUAUCGAUGUGUUGCUACAACUGUAGCCAAUAGACGGAAAAGUGUUGAGGCAGCACUAAGUGUUAUUCCAGCCUUUGACUUGAAGCCAUUCCAGAAACCAGCCAUUAUAGCUGGCCCUCAGAACAUUACAGCAUCUCUUCAUCAGACUGUCAUCUUGGAGUGUGUUGCUACAGGGAAUCCAAAGCCGAUCAUCUCAUGGAGUCGUUUAGACCACAAGUCCAUUGAUGUCUUCAAUACCCGUGUCCUCGGAAAUGGGAACCUCAUGAUCUCUGAUGUGAAAGCGCAGCAUGCUGGAGUUUAUGUCUGUCGAGCAACUAUUCCAGGCACACGGAACUUCACAGUUGCAAUGGCGACGCUCACUGUGUUAGCACCACCUUCAUUUGUGGAAUGGCCAGAAAGUUUAACAAGGCCCAGAGCUGGUACUGCCCGUUUUGCAUGUCAGGCAGAAGGAAUUCCAGCACCCAAAAUGUCAUGGUUGAAAAAUGGAAGAAGGAUACACUCUAAUGGUAGAAUUAAAAUGUACAACAGUAAAUUGGUGAUUAACCAGAUCAUUCCUGAAGAUGAUGCCAUUUAUCAGUGCAUGGCUGAAAAUAGCCAGGGGUCUAUCCUGUCCCGGGCCAGAUUGACUGUAGUUAUGUCAGAAGACAGACCCAGUGCUCCUUGUAAUGUCCAUGCUGAAACGAUGUCAAGUUCAGCAAUUCUGCUAGCUUGGGAGAGGCCGCUCUAUAAUUCAGACAAAGUGAUUGCAUAUUCAGUGCACUACAUGAAAGCAGAAGGUUUAAAUAAUGAAGAGUAUCAAGUGGUUAUUGGAAAUGACACAACUCAUUACAUUAUUGAUGACUUGGAACCAGCCAGCAAUUACACCUUUUAUAUUGUGGCCUACAUGCCCAUGGGAGCCAGUCAGAUGUCGGAUCACGUGACUCAGCACACCCUUGAAGAUGUUCCUUUGAGAGCUCCUGAAAUCAGUUUGACAAGUCGAAGUCCCACAGAUAUUCUCAUCUCCUGGCUGCCGAUCCCAGCCAAAUUCAGGCGAGGCCAAGUGGUCUCGUACCGUGUGUCUUUUCGCCUCAAUGCAGAAAGCACUAUCCAGGUUCUGGAGCUUCCAGGGACCACAAAUGAGUAUCUCCUGGGAGGCCUGAAGCCCGAUAGUGUCUACUUGGUUCGUAUCACUGCUGCGACGAGGAUAGGCUGGGGAGAAGCCUCUCUGUGGACUUCCCACCGGACCCCCAAAGCCACAAGUGUGAAAGCACCAAAGUCUCCUGAGCUGAGUUUGGAACCACUGAACUGUACAAUCAUUACAGUGAGGUGGCAUCAGGACUCUGAGGAUACAGCAACUAUUGAAGGGUACAAAUUGUACUACAAGGAAGAAGGCCAGCAGGAGAAUGGACCAAUUCUACUGGAUGCCAGUGACCUUGUGUAUACUCUCAGUGGUUUGGAUCCCAGAAGAAAGUAUCAUGUAAGGCUAUUGGCAUAUAAUAGCAUGGAAGAAGGUUACCAGGCGGACCAAACAGUCAGUACUCCAGGAUGUGUCUCUGUCCGUGAUCGUAUGGUUCCUCCUCCACCACCACCCCACCACCUAUAUGCCAAAGCUAAUACUUCAUCUUCUAUCUACCUCCACUGGGGAAGGCCUGCAUUUACCUCUGCACAAGUUAUUAACUACACCAUUCGCUGUAAUCCUGUGGGGCUACAGAAUGCCUCUUUGGUGCUCUACCUUCAAACGUCGGAAACUCACAUGUUGGUUCAAGGUCUAGAACCAAAAACCAAGUAUGAGUUUGCAGUUCGACUGCAUGUGGAUCAGUUGUCUAGUCCCUGGAGUCCAGUAGUUUACCAUACUACACUUCCAGAAGCGCCAGCUGGCCCUCCGCUAGGAGUGAAGGUGACUUUGAUAGAAGAUGAUACUGCUUUGGUUUCCUGGAAGCCACCUGAUGGUCCUGAAACAGUUGUUACUCGCUAUACUAUCCUCUAUGCAUCUAGGAAAGCUUGGAUUGCUGGAGAGUGGCAAGUGCUACACAGAGAAGGAGCAAUAACCAUGGCUUUGCUGGAGAACCUGGUGGCUGGAAAUGUCUACAUUGUUCAAAUAGCAGCAUCCAACGAGGUGGGAGAAGGACCUUUUUCAAAUGCAGUGGAGCUUGCAGUCCUGCCAAAGGAGACUUCGGAGUCCAAUCAAAGGCCUAAACGAUUAGAUUCAGCAGAUGCCACAACUUAUUCUGGUUAUUACCACCUGGACCAGAAAUCAAUGACUGGCAUUGUUGUAGGAGUUUGCAUAGCCCUGACCUGCAUCCUUAUCUGCAUCCUGAUUUUGAUCUACCGCAGCAAAGCCAGGAAAACGUCUGCUCCUAAAACUAUGCAGCAAGGCACUGACCAGCUGUCACAUACCAGCAUCUCAGUAGCCAGUGCGAACGAGGUGGGGAAGAGUACUGAAGGAAUUGCAGAGAAUGAAGAAUCUUUAUUGCCGAUGAUAGUAGGAAACAGCUUUGUUGAUGCUAAGGGGGGAACUGAUCUGAUUAUUAACAGUUAUGGUCCUAUCUCAAAGACCAGCUGCAAGAAAAGAUGGCUCUUCUUCCAAGAUUCUAAGAAGGUGAAAACAGAGGAGCCUCAGAGAAGAUUUGUCCAAGCUGUGUGCUUGUAUCAGCCAGGCACCACUGUACUGAUCAGUGAAGAUGACUCCCCCAAUUCCCCAGGCCAGCAAUCUAAGUUCCAGGUGCCAUUCAGUAUUGUAGCUGAUACAGAGCAUUCAGCAAACAGUGAAGGAAGCCAUGAGACUGGAGACUCUGGAAGAUUCUCUCAUGAGUCCAACGACGAGAUACACCUUUCUUCUGUUACAAGUGUCACCCCACGCACCUCCAGUUCCUUUGUAGGCAGUGACUCAGGUGUGAACGUGAACCCUGUCUUGAGUAACUGUGAAGAGCCUCCGGUACCACUGGCUACUGACCAGACUUCUACCUCAUCUCUUCAGAUACAGUGCACGGUACAAAAUUGA